AUGAAGGGCUUCACCGUCUUCGCUAUCCUCAACUUGGCCCUCGCGGUCUACGCUGUCCCACAGUUCAACAAAGACGGCGCAAAGAACGUUGGCAACGGCGCCGGCAAGCAAUUCAUCACCGGCCAAUGUCUCUCUAACGCUGACUGCGAGAGCACUUGCUGCGCAAACCCCCUUGGAAUUUGCUCGGCACCGGCGGCUGCGCUCCAAAAUGGGAAGACCGGCUGUGGAUUUGGAUCCGGAGGUGCUGGGGCGGCAAAUGCUGGAGCUGCGAAUGCCGGAGCGGCUCAGGCUGGAUCGGCAAAUACUGGAGCAGCAAAUGCUGCUGCGACGGCUGCUCCUGCAGCGGCUCAAGGAGCUACAGGCGCGGCAGCAGCUAGCAGCAACGCGGCUGGCGGUCCACCAUUCAACAAAGACGGCGCAAAGAACGUUGGAAACGGCGCCGGAGAACAAUUUAUCACGGGACAGUGCCUUUCCAACGCUGAUUGUGGAAGUGCUUGCUGUGCCGGCCCGGCUGGAAUCUGCUCCGCCGAGGCGGCUUCGCUGCAAAAUGGGAAAACUGGCUGCGGCUUUGUGUCGACGAAGCGCCUUGUUAGAAUGUAA